UCACACUGGCACUUCCUUUACUGCAGCACAGCUCAGCUCAAAUGGCAGAAUAACAUGAGGAGAUUUAAUGAACUGGACUAAACACACUCCAACGUCUCCCAUCUGAAGCAGUUCACCAACAUGGACUUUUGUUUUUUGCUUGUUUUCACUUUGGCUGUUCAUUUGGCCACCUCUAGAACUGGAGCACAGUCCACCACAACAACAUCAUCAAAUUUCACCGAUAGAACCACCAGCACUGUGUUCCCAAUAAAUGCUACUACCACUACUGCCAUUUUUGUUCCAACUACUACCACUGUUCCCUUUACUACUACUACUACUUCUACUACUGCUGCUGUUCCUUUUUCUACUCCUACUUCUACCGCUACUGAACAAACCAAUGCUACCAGACAAACAACUACCACUUACUACCCAAAUACGGCUACUACCACCACCAGUGAUCUGAUCAAUACCACCCCUUAUCCCAGUACUGCAACUACUUUAACCACUGCUUCCAACCUACAACCUACAACUACUGAUCUAAACAAUGCUAGUGACUUCCUCAAUACUACUACUAUUACUACGAGUGCAUAUCCCCCGAGUCAACCUAUUUCUAAUGGUACUAUUCUACCUACUCAACCAGAAAGCACUAUUGUAACCACUGUUCCGGGGGAUACUACUCUUAACUCCAAGAGGUAGUACUGUAACCACUGUUCAAGAAAGUACUACUCUAAUUACAGAAGGUACUACUCUAAUCCCUGUCUCUGGAGGUACUACUGUAACCACUGUUACAGAAGGUACUACUCUUAUUCCAGGAGGUACUACCGUAACUCCAGAGGUUACUAAUCUAAGCUCAGAUGGUACUACUGUAACCACUGUUCCAGAAAGUACUGUUCUAUCCACCAGACCUGAGAUGACUGUUCUAACUACCGGAUCAGAAAGUACUUCAAUAACCACUGAAGUAACAUCAGAAAGUCCAGAAACUACUAAUAAUCCCAGUUAUGCUCCUGUUGCUACCACCACUGAUCUAAUCUAUGUUACUACUACUGAUCUAACUAAUAUUACAUCCUACCCCACGACUGGUCAAACCACUACUAUGUAUGACCCCAUUACUAAUACUACCACCAGCGAUCUAACAAAUACCACUUAUUAUCCAAAUGCUACUACUACAACUACAAAUAUUACUUACAAUCCCACUACUGAUCUUCCUGAUACUUCUUAUUAUUCCAUUAUAACUGUCACUACUGACUCAAUCAAUAAAACUGAGUACUUCAAUACUACUAGUUUUACAACUGAUCUGACCAGUGGGACUAAUUACCCUAGUACUACUACCACUGUUGAUUUAACUAAUACUGCUUACGAACCUAACACUGGACCAACCGAUGGUAAUACUCCAACUAGUAUUCCAACCCAUUCCACUCCCUACCCCAAUAAUUCCACUACUACUGAUCCCUUUAGUACUACUACUACUGAUCCUUUUAAUACUACUACUACUACUAUAGAUCCCUUUACUACUACUACUACUACUGAUCCCUUUACUACUACUGUUCCCUUUACUACUACUACUACUGAUCCCUUUACUACUACUACUACUACUACUACUACUACUCCCCCUACUACCACUCCUCUGGUUUGUGCUAAUGGUUGGAAUUCACUGAAUGGUGUCUGUAUCUGUCCUGAUGAAUGGUUCGGAGAGACAUGCUCAGAAAAAAGUUUCUGCCAAGCACAAACAUUGGACAGAUUCACUUUCCCACGCACACCCAUCGGCUGGUUUGCAUAUUCCAAGGAAAUCUGUCGAAAAGGAACGAGUGGUGCUGGUAAACCACGGGCAUCGACCAGAUGUUCCACCAAUAAUGGAUCACAGAGUUUCAACCGUCCACCUCAGGUCCUCCAGUGUGACCAGACGCUCAGCGACAUACAACAAAAUCUUACCAGCCCAGCUAAUUUAGAGAUGUUGGCGAGCAGCACUCAAAUUCUGACCUCCAAACCUGAAGAGCUGACGCCUGAAAACGUUACAGCAGCAGCUCAGAUCGCCAACACGCUGCUGCUGUCUCCGAAUGCCACAGAGAGCGUCAGGGUGGCAGCAGUAGCUACAAUCAGCCAACUGCUGAACGCCAACACGCCGGACGACAGCAAGGAAAACAGCGCUACUCUGGACCUCACGAUGACCCUGGACCAGCUCUCUGUGAACCUCAGCCAAAGUCUCAACACGAAUCAGAGUAAGGUGGUUCAACCAAACCUGGUGGUCCAGUCGGCACAGAUCCCUGCUGCAGGCACUCAGGGAGUCCAGUUCACCUCUCUCUCAGGACCGUCUGGCAGUUUCCUUGCCAACCGAAUUCUGCUGUACACCAACACGUCAACAGCUGUGGUGGAAAACAGGUUCCAAGCCAACGGCCUCAUAUACGUACGAUUCUCACCAGAAGCUGUCAGUGGUCGUCAGAAGCCGUCGAACGUCUCGCUGGGUUUCGUCCUCUACCAGAACGACCGCUUCUUCAGUUCGAAGCGCUAUAGAAGGGGACGGGCCACCAUCAGGGUCCUGUCGGCCAGCGUCAAAGCUGUCAGAGAAACUCUAGUGGGGGGCAGAAGAACAAGAACGCCAAGAUGGUGCUGCUGUGUAUCUACAUCAGCCUGCUGGCCUUCAUCAUCACCUUCCUCUCUGGAGUUGGAAACUCCAGCAGACGCUCAGGUGAAGGUCGACACUCCGGACAACAACAUCCCGGACUCUGAUGAGCACGUGGAGCCGGACAGAGGCUUGUGCUCGGCGGUGGCGGCUCUGCUGAAUUACCGCUGAAAUACGUCGCUCGGAGCCGAAGACAACCCAAAACUUCCUUCAGUCUCCAUGAUGAUUUUUUGAAACUCAAUAUCAACAGUGAGCUGGAAGAACAAGUGUGAUUUUAAAUGUUGACUUUAAAGCCAUUUUAAUUGUUGUUUUAACUUCCUGUCUC